GCCUCGUUUCCGAGUGGUCAGAGAGGUACUUCCAUGACAGGAAUACGUUGUCCCUCCGCGGAGGAGCCGGAGUGUGAGGUAACCAAUGGCUGCUGUGUCAAUUUGUGCCAGUCCGGAAGUGACGUCAUGCAUCACUUCCUGAGCUCUUUCCGGAUCUUUCUAUGACCUUCCUGUUACCGCCCCACACGGUUUAUUUCUGACUUCACUGCUGUAGAUUUCCAGAGGAACGGGACAAGGUACCGUCGGAUGGUUCAAGGUAUGUGAAAGGGUUGCACUUCCUCGUGAACAAUCUUUGCAGCCUUCUUGAAUGAACGUGAGAUGUCCUCCACUGAGAAGAAAGACGUCCCCUCCCCGGCUGGCGCUACUGGCCGUGCUGUGCGUCUGCAUCUACGUCGCUCACAAUCUACGUCGCCCGGCGCCGCCGCCCCCAAGCCAGGCGCCGACGUUUCGGAAGUACAACGUGAGCUGCUCGGCCGUGUACGACCUGGACCCGGUGGAGGUGGGGCGGUCGCUGGUGAUCAGGAGGGAGGAAGUCUCAGAGGACCCGGAUGAGACGCUGCGCGACCUCACAGCCGACUGCUCGCUCUUCCUUCAGGUCAGGGGUUACCACGACAUGUGCGCCACCGAGCAGGAGAGACAUUUCCAAUUGGCGUACUCCCUGGUGGUGCACAAGUCUGCCUGGAUGGUGGAGCGGCUGAUCAGGGCGCUGUACUCGCCGAGUAACAUCUUCUGCAUCCACUACGACCAAAAGUCCACCGCUACGUUUGGGUCGGCGAUGGAGGGUUUAGCUCGCUGCUUGCCCAACGUCUUCAUCGCCUCCAAGCGCGAGUACGUCAUUUACGCCGGCAUCAGUCGCCUGAAAGCCGACCUCAACUGCCUCUCAGAUCUCCUUGAGGUGGACGUCCAAUGGAAGUAUGUUAUCAACCUCUGCGGGCAGGACUUCCCCCUGAGGACCAACAUGGAGCUGGUGUCAGAGCUGGCCGGCCUGUGGGGCGCCAACAUGCUGGAGACGUCCCGACCUAGCGAGUACAAGAAGCAGAGGUUCACCUUCCACCACGAGCAGAAGGACCGGAUGUUGCCCAAGAAAACCAAGCUGGCCAAGAGCGCCCCGCCCCACGGCAUUGAGAUGUUCAUCGGCAACGCUUACUUCGUGCUCUCACGGGACUUUGUUGUCUACAUGAGCACCUCCGCCGUGAUCAAAGACUUUCUGACCUGGUCGGAGGACACGUACUCGCCCGACGAACACUUCUGGGCCACGCUGAUGAGACUGCCGGGCGUACCGGGCGAGGUUCCCAGGAGCGAGCCGGACAUCACCGACCUGAUGAGCAAGACCCGUUUGGUCAAAUGGCACUACCUGGAGGAGGCGCUCUACCCGCCCUGCACGGGGAAACACAUCCGCAGCGUUUGCAUCUACGGCGCGGCCGAAGUGCGCUGGUUGCUAAACAGCCGACAUUGGUUCGCCAACAAGUUUGACCCCAAAGUGGACCCGGUAGCCAUCCAGUGCCUGGAAGAGAUACUGCAGGAGAAACAAAAGUUCUUACAAUCCAAAGCAACAUCCACUUGUGACUAAUGACGUCUUCACCAAGUCUGAAGGCUUUUUACACCACGAAUGAAGGGACUCUUGUGGUGUCCCACAGGGAUCAAUCCACAGUCCACAGUCCAUCUUCCUUCAAUCAUCUUAACCCUUUAUUGCAACAGGGAAAUAUCCAUCCAUCCAUCACGGGGGGGUUGCUGGAGCCUAUCUCAGCUGCAUUCGGGCGGAUGGGAAGGUCCACCCUGGACAAGUCGCCAGACUUGUCCAGACUUGUCGCCAGACUUGUCCAGACAGACAACAUUCACACACUAGGGACCAUUUAGUGUUGCAAAUCAACCUAUCCCCAGGUCCAUGUCUUCGGCAGUGGGAAGAACCCGGAGUACCCGCAGGGAACCCACGCAGUCACGGGGAGAACAUGCAAACUCCACACAGAAAGAUCCCGAGCCCGGGAUCGAACUCAGGACUACUCAAGACCUUUGUAUUGUGAGGCAGAUGCACUAACCCCUCUCCCACCGUGCUGCCCUAACAAGGAAAUAACAUCUGCCAUAUUUGGCAACUUGAGUGGUUGACCAGCAGUGCCGCUUUUGUUUUUUUUUGGGGUGGAUUAAUUAAUUGAGGCCUGUAGAGGACUCCGGGGAAAUACAGUGGGGCAAAAAAGUAUUUAGUCAGCCACGGAUUGUGCAAGUUCUCCCACUUAAAAUGAUGACAGAGGUCUGCAGUUUUCAUCAUAGGUACACUUCAACUGUGGGAGACAGGAUGUGGGAAAAAAAAUCCAGGAAUUCACAAUGUAGGAAUUUUAAAGACAUUAUUUGUAAAAUAUGGUGGAAAAUAAGUAUUUGGUCAACCAUUCAAAGCUCUCACUGAUGGAAGGUGGUUUUGGCGGAAAAUCUCCCAAUACAUGGCCCCAUUCAUUCUUUCCUUAACACGG